UCAAGUGUGAAGGUUUCCCGCGUAUCGAGUAUCUCCCAUUCAGGCGAAACGUCUUAGCUCAUUCGACUAGUUAACGCCGGACGGUACAGAGCAGGCUUGAUACACCAGCCAUAAGGCCUAGACUACGCGCGCGCGCUCCGAUUGAGCUCGGGAGGGUAGGGCCAUAAACACCGACAGCAUCACUGUAACACGUACAACACACACAUACACACAGAGAUACACAAACGAACAGACAAACACAUGGCGAUACACGCAGAUGUAUAAGUGAUGUCUUUAUUUGUAUAUUAUUUUUCCCUACGUCUUGGGGUCUCGAGUACUAAGUGCUUCAAGGCGCGCGUGUGAGCAGAGUCUAGUCGCGAGACGUAGUAGGCAAUACAGUGCGAUUAGUAUCAAACGGAUAGUGUUUAAGUGCGAUACGGGGUCCUAGCGUUCUUGUCAAGCAACGCCUGUAAAAGCUUUCACCGUAUGUCAAACCCAACAUCUAGACAGGUUUAUAUUUGUCGGAAACGGUGUGCAAACCACAGUCAAGGUAAGAUGGCCACAAUGCCGAAUGUUUGGCUAUCGUUGGCAACAGUGAUCCUAGCCACGAUGCACGGUAUACCGGCGACGGCAAACCGAGAACACAAGGUUCACAAUAUAGUGCUUUACCCGAACAAACAGUCCUGGUGUACGACGCGUAACAUUAGUCAGGUUAUAACGGAACCGGGCUGCAAGCAGGUUACGAUCGAUAACAAUGUGUGUGUGGGUGCCUGUUUUAGCUACUCGAUACCGCACACGGAACCGUCCGAUCCGGGCGAAAUAAUAGGACCGUACUGCGACUCCUGUCAACCGUCGGAUGUGUCGUACGUUUUCGUAAAGGUGGAUUGUACGGAAAAUGCGAACAUGAAGAAUCCCUACCUGUACAAACAGGUACAGCUGAUACACAACUGCACGUGUACGGCGUGUGACGAACAGUCGACACAUCGGUCUACUCCUACCAGCAACACGCGCGAUCUGUCGGAUGGUUCACAGGAGCAUGGACUUGGUUCUGGGGAGCAGCUUCACCACCAUCAGGCAUCGUUGGUGUUGGAUAAGGAUCAGGAUAUGAUACCGAUCGAGCAUCAGCCACAUCGUGUGCCUUCGCACACGAAGCACAGCGCCGGGGGGGUUAGUGUAGGAUCCGACGAAACACCUGCAGAUAGUGACAUGAUACAGGACGACAUACCGGAGAUACUGGAGGUGGUCCAUUACAGUGAAAAUGAUACCGAACCGAUACGUCACACGCCGGUGCAUGAUUUACAGUCACCGAACAGUGGUACGACGUAUAUGGAGCAGCAGCAGUUGAACCAUUACGAGCAUAACAGUCACACGGACAAUGUGAAGAAGCUGUUGCAUCAGAAAAUCGUGAAGUUGCUGCGUUCGAUCGAGGAAACGAACUCGCAGUCGGAUCGGGAACAGCUGAUCGAGAUGAUCAGGCUGAUUAAAGGUACGAGCGAUCGCAACUGGGAUGAGCUGGUUGAAAGCUUACAGUCGGAAAACUCCAUCCUUGACUUUAACCGGCUGCGGUCCGAGCUGGUCGAGGACGAACCAUUGAACGUACCAUCGUUCGGUGGAACCGAGGCAGUUGAUACCGGUGAGGAAGCGGGCAAGCAACACGCUGACCCGGAAAGUGCGGAAAGUUUGGCAAGAAAGAAACAUUCCUCCACGCCGGAGUAUGCCGAUCACCAGCGAUUGAUGCAGCAUCAGUACGAUACAUUGCGUCACCGGGCGAAUCAUCUGCACGAGCAUGCUUCUACCGGGUCGAAGGAAACGAUUGGUGAUGCGGACAAAUCCACACAAGAGUCACACACACCGGCUGAAACCGGUACACCGGUACGGUCACACCAUCACGCACAUCAGCACCAUCUGGUGGGCGAACGUAUCGAUGCACAUCAUCAUCUCGGGCGGGGACCGCACGGUGCGCUCGUAAUACAGGCGGAUCGGGACGAUCUGGAAAUACACCGGAGCAUUCAGAACGGGCACGAAAUCAAGGAAAAGAUCCACAUUCAAGCGCACGAGCUAAAACCCAACCAUGCCGGUACGGUCGUUACGUACGACGGGCAUGUACCGGUGCCGACAGUAACGUCCGACGUUGGCUCGGUAAGCGUAGGGGAAACGGAAAACAGAGGACACCAUUUCCAAACACCUCAUAUGCAUCCGAGACAGCAUGCGCAGGGUCAUGGUGGUCAUCACAAUGCGAUGCGUGGCCAUGGACAUCACGAAAACGAUCGGCACGGGCAUCACAAUCACGACCAUACCAAUGCGGACCAUGGAUCGCAUCCAAGCAAGCCACAUGCAGCGGCCAGCGUAACGGUGGGUGAUAUCGAACAAUGAGAUGCACCCUCCCUAGAAGGGCGGAACUUACUCUACCAUGUACCACUUACUUGCACCAUAUUAAAAACUUCCAUAAGGCAAUAUAAAGACAUGUCAAGGAAACGCAAACAAAAAACAAAAAAUAGGACCAACUAAUCUACUGUGCGUUACAUUUAUCGUGGAUUGUAAGCCCAUUUACCUAAUUAGCUACAUUUUAAAUCUCUAGUCGCUAGUGGGGGUUUUUUUUCUGUGACUAGUAUACGUGACUAGUAUAUGCGGAUAGGAUUUCGAACAACAGUGUACCUAAGUUUAUCAAAAAAGAAAUGGAAAACUAAUUUAGUUGAUAGGAUUUUAUUUUUGUUUUUAUUCAACCACAUUCAUAUGGCAAACAAACCGGCAUUAAAGCAGACAACCGUAAGAAAAAAAAAGACGAACAAAAUUGAAACAACAAACUCAAAAGGAAUCUCGUAAAUUGUACCAAGUAAAAAUAGUGUAAGAACAUGAAUGGGGGAAAACAAAACAAAACAAUCGUACAUCAAAUUUGUUUCAAUAUUUACACGGUAAUGCUAAUGAGUAGCAAACGCAUUACUCUAUAAUUAAUUGUACCUUUCAGGCAAAUUUGUUACAAAAAAAACACACAUUUAUGAAAACAAUAA